ACCAGGUGUUACCACACAGGACUCUCGACCCACGACUCUUGGCAGCAGGACCAGGCAACCCAGAACAGGACCAGGAAGAAACCAAUAGCAGGAGGAGCAUCAGAAGCCAAUCCCAGCUAUCGACAGGAUCAUAUAUUGUAUCUGUGUGUACGUACGCGUCUGUUUUGUUACAUUUGUGUGCGUUUUCGUCCAGUUUCGACCAGUAGAAGAGGAGUACGCGUGAGUGAUCUAAGAUCAGGACACAACCCAACCGGGGAUCAAGGACACCAUCAGCUAUCACCACAUCAGAUAUCCCCUCUUAGCAAGAGAGGAUUCGAAUUCGUGCAACUUAACGCACGAUACAUAUUUUCGCCCCCGAGUCGAUCAAGAAAAUCAAUCACCAUUCCUCUAUCAACGUACGACGCCGCUCCCCUUUUGCACUCUUACGACGACAGUCCGCAGCGUUGGGACCUCACCAACGGGCACCAGGCAGGCGUCAUCAUAGAUCAGUUCCGGGGCGGCAAAGCGAUCACCAUUGAGGGAGGCACCAGCACCGGUGACACGACGAGCAUCGGCGGCGGCAGCGAUUUACGACUGGUAAUAACGGCCAAUCCCGGCGAGAUCGAGCGCAAUUACGAUCAGCCCACGAAUCGCGGUGGAGGCGGAGGCGGCGGCGUUAUCGGCGUCAGCUGCGGUGGCCAAACCCCACCGACUCCCUCGGUCGGCAAAACCCUGCUGAACACCAGUCCCAAUCUCUUGCCGAUCACAACAGCGACCGAUACAUUUAAUAAUCUCAAGAAUUUGGUCAAAAUCGACAAGGGAUCAUCCCCAUCAUCGGGUUCAAAUCAGGGUGGUAGCGGCGGCCAUUACCGCAAAAGUUCCAAUUCCGGCUCUGGUUAUAAGAGUGGCGGAGGCGGUGGCAACGGUGGAUCACCAUCAAUAAUAAGCGGAAGCGGCGGCAUCAACGAGGGUGUGGGCGGCAGAAACGGUAGCCGAUCAUCUGGCGGACCAAGCGGACACUUUUCUACUGGCUAUAAUAAGAAUUCCGCCAAAAUUCGCCAACACGAUAGCGAAGUGAGCCCAAGACCUCGACGAUCUUACCAGGGUGAUUCGUCGUCGUCGCGUUACUAUCAAAAAAAUAGUGACAUUUUGGGUCAAGGCGGCAUCGGCGGUAAUACCGACAACGUCUACAACGGCUCCUCCGGCAGAUACCAGCAGGACCAUCAGCAACAGGGCGGAGGACAUCGUGGUAGUCGUGGCAACUAUCACUCCAACUCCGAUGGCAACUACAAUCGUUCAUUAAACUCAAACUCCACUAUCGGUGGUAGUGGUAGUGGUGGUGGUGGACAAGGUGGAUCUGGAUUAGGACAAGGAUCUGGUGCUGGUUCCGGCAGUGGCAGUGGCAGCAAUUAUCGCUCCGCCCGAAACUACGAGAACGGCAAUGGGAGCAACGGACCGCAGCCACGUUACGGCAGCGGCAACGGGAACAGCGGCAACACCAAUAACUCCAUUUCUAAUUCAAUCUCCUCGUCCGUCUACAACGGAUCGUCGUCAGCAAAUUCAACAGCAGGCAGCAGGCCUCCCCGAAGCAACAAUGAUGGAGGCGUGAGUGGCAGUGGAAGUGGCGGAUAUAGCAACAAUUACCGCGAUAAUUACGAAGAUUCACCAUCACACCAACGCUACACGAAUAAUAGUCUUGAACGGAACGGAUCAGGACCGGGGGUAGGACCGGCGGGAGCGGGAGGACCUCGUGGCAGCGGCGGCGGCGGCUACGGUAGGCCAGAGGCGGAUCGUUACGAUCGCGGUGCUGUAGGCAAUCGUACGCCAGUCCUUCGCAACGGCAAUGCCUCCUCGGCUCAGAUUUCUGGCUCCAAUUCCAAUUCUUCGAACAUUUCAUUGAACUCGGCAGGAGGCGGCACAGUUUCCCACCACCAACAACAACAACAACAACAGCAGCAGCAGCAACAACAGCUACAUCAACAGCAGCAGCAGCAGCAACACCAUCAGGCACAACAGCAAGCGGGCAAGGCAAGCACUCCGCCACCAGUUACCGGACGUUGGAUACCACCAUCGCUGCGUCCGCAGCAUGGACUCACCCAAAGCGAAAAGAACGACGCUGUUUUCCGACGCGUCCGUGGUAUACUGAACAAGCUAACGCCCGAGAAGUUCCAGGAGCUGAGCGAUGAACUACUGAAGCUUGACCUCAACUCGAUCGUGAUUCUGAACGGCGUAAUUCUGCUGAUAUUCGACAAAGCCUUGGACGAGCCAAAGUACUCGUCUAUGUAUGCACAGCUCUGUAAGCGACUGUCCGAGGAAGCACCGUCAUUUGACAAGGAACAACAGCCGAACAAUUCGUGCACCUUUUUGAGACUCCUGAUCGCCGUUUGUCGCGACAAGUUCAACAAUCGAUUGAAACGCGACGAGAACGAUAAUCGGCCACCGCCCGAAAAUGAGGCCGACGAGGAGGAGCGACGCCAUUUGGCGAAACAACGGAUGCUUGGCAAUGUCAAGUUUAUUGGUGAACUCAACAAGCUGGAUAUGUUGUCGAAGAAUGUGCUGCAUCAGUGCAUCAUGGAGUUAUUGGACAAGAAGAAGAAGCGUACCGCCGGUGCGCAGGAGAUGUGCGAGGACAUGGAAUGCCUGGCUCAGUUGCUCAAGACUUGCGGCAAGAACCUGGAUUCAGAACAGGGCAAAGAGCUGAUGAACCAGUAUUUCGAGACACUUGAACGUCGGUCAAAGUCAUUUGAAUAUCCACCAAGGAUUCGCUUCAUGCUAAAGGAUGUCAUCGAGCUGCGUCAGAAUCAUUGGGUGCCGCGCAAGGUGGGCACCACCGAGGGACCCGUCCCCAUAAAGCAAAUACGCUCGGACGACGACUCGAUUAUCCGUACCCCUUUCCCCAAUCGUGGUCGCGAUAUGCGCAACAAUGAUCGUGACUCGGACAGUUGGAUGAAUCGUUUCCAUCUCAAUCUGCAGUCUGGCGGCUACAACGACAUGUUCAGUGGCCUGAGUGUUACAGGAGCUUCUCCGAUUGUCUCACCGUUCGUCUCCGGUUCGAAUCGUGACAGGGAUCGCGACAAUCGCCAGUACAACAAUCGUGGCGAUCGCAACCGGGAUCGUGAUCAGGGUGGCGGCGGUGGUGCCAACUAUGGCAGCCGCUACAACAAGCACAACCAGAACGGAGGCAGCGGCGGUGGUGGAGGCUCCUCGAAUAACCGGGAUCGCGACCGGGACGAUUCGCGUAGGAACAACGAUCGCGACAGGGAUCGCAACGAUGGGCAGUACGGGGGUAAUCAGUUGCUGGGUAGCAAGGAGUUGGCGCCGAGGUUCAAGCGCAACUUGAUCUCCACGAACCAGGAUGCGGUGGAGAACUUGCAGAUGCGCCCGGCAGCCAACUCCUUGCUCUUCCGAGCGGCCUCCCAGAACCAAAAGUUCCCAGCCACGCUGCCCAUAUCCACGCCGCCGAACAGCAACAGCAAGGACCAGCAGGCCAAGGACCAGAGCCAGCUAUCCAAUUCGCAUUAUCCGUUGCUGGGCACCCCGACCUCUCAUCUACUGAAUCCGGCACGUCCCUCUUCGACCCCCUCCGCUGAGUAUGCCGACAACAGGACUCUGUUGGGUCUGCAGCAGGAGCGCGGCCUGAAGGCCACCUCCUCGUCACCGAACUUUGGCUCGGCAUCCGAAAAACUGGGCGAACAAGUGGUGGAUGGCCUGGGUGGCAGGAAGGGAUCGCAGGAUGGCAAGGAUCAGGGCAAGAGCGGCUCGGUGGAGAGACCCAGCACCCCGGUAGGAGGCACUGGUGGUGGCAAGCAGCAGAAGAAGGACAAGGGCCCCAGCAAGGAGGAGCUGUCCAAGAAGGCCACCCAGUUCUUCAAGGAGAAGUUCUACUACGAACUGGAGGACGAAAUCAAGGAGGAUGGUGUACUGGAGGCGGAUGCCAAGGAGGACAACGACGAGAAGAAGGAGAACGCCGAGACAGAGGAUGCCAAGGCAGCCGAUAGUGAAGUGGCUCCAGUUGAAGGCACCGAUUCGGAGGCACAGACAGAUGCCCCAGCAACGUCAUCGCCGUCGUCGUCGGGCACUCCGGAUCGGUUCGCCGAGCUGUUGGACGGUUUCCUCGAGCUGAAACUGCCGGAGAAGUCGCUGAAGGAUGUGUGCAUCAGCCUGUUGAUGGAGGUGUUGGACCGUGUGAACGAUGUCUACCUGGAGCGUGUCGUGCGCUUCCUACAGACAUUGCGCAAACAGUCCAACAUCAAGCCGAACGUGAUCGUCGAGGUAUUCAAGCAGCUCGUCAACAAGAUGAACGAACGCGAGGCCCUCAAUCCGCGUAUUACGUUCCUGGUGGCCACCGUUCUGGCCAAGACUGUGUGCAAGCCGGCUCUGCUCAAGUUGAACGACAUCGCCAACUACACGGACAACGGACAGCACUAUCCGCUGUUCCUGCUCGUCCUCCAGCAGCUGCACAAGACCAUCGGCAAGGAGGCGCUCGAGGAGAUGUUCCGCGCCAGCAAGGUCGACCUGAUGAACAGUCUGCCGGAAGCUGAUCGCACCAAGGAACGUCUGGCCGAGAUCCUCGAGGACCGCCAGCUGUCAUUCCUCUACCCACUGCUUAAGGUCCAGUCGGAGAUGCUGAAGCAGCUGCAGAGCGAUCCGAAUCCCAACAACUUCUACAAGUGGAUCAAGGCCAAGGUGGAGAACAAGUACUACAAGGACCCGGGCUUCAUUCAGGCCCUCAUGACCGUGGUGGUCAAGUAUGUGACCCGAGAAACGACCCUAGCCCCCGGCCUCGAUCCCAAGGAGCAUCCCGAGAAGUCGGUGACCCUGAAGGAGCAGCAGUUGCUGGAGACCUACAGCCAGAUGCUGCAGACCUUCCUCAGCCAGAACGAGCUCCAGCUGAUGGCACUCUACGCCCUUCAAGUUUUCUGCUACAGUGAGAAUUUCCCCAAAGGAAUGCUAUGCCGUUGGUUCAAAUAUCUUUACGAAUCUGAGAUCAUCGAGGAGGAGGCGUUCGUCUCGUGGAAGGAGGAGAUUUCCGACACAUAUCCAGGCAAGGGAACCGCUUUGUUCCAAGUAAACGCCUGGCUGACUUGGCUGCAGGAGGCCGAAUCCGAGGACGACGAGGAUUAGAACCACCAGCCCGCAUAACAACAACGCUACAUGUUUAUCACUUCCAAUAUUUAUUCACAAAUCGAAAAAUGAUUACAUGAUAAAAAAAAGAAAAAAUUACAAAAAAAAUAUGAUAAAGAUCAAGUUUGAAAUCGCGGUUGCAAAUCUUAGUCAAAUUAUAGUAGAAGAAACAUAAAAACAAAAAAAGGAAAACUAAAUUAAUCAAAAUUAUUUGAUAUCCAAGAAAUUCAAAGAACUUUAACAAUCCUAACGAUCAAUAAAAAAUAAAACGCAAUAGACGCAUACGUAACGAGAAUAACGGUAUUUAACCCAUUCAGUCCUAACGACAUUAACGCAAGCGAAAUUAGUAAAUUAUCAUUGACAUUUCAAGUAAUUAGUGGAAUUUCAUCUCAAUAUUUUUGUUUUGUUUUCAUUUUAAAUAUAUAACUCAACCGGAACUGAUCUUUUAACCGAAUAUCUCUGAAUUAUUUUCUCUCUGCCUUCACUUUACAAUCUCUCUCUUGUCCAUUUACCCGAUUGUGUAUUUAAAUAAGUAGGUCAAAUCAAAACGACAACGUAUAAAUUAUAUGAAUAUAUAAAAAAAAUACAAAAAAACCAACACCAAUCGAUGCGUGCAGAUGGGAGCGAAGAAAUCUGAUUCUAAUUGUGAACAAACUAUCGUACAUAUGUAUUUUAACUCGUCAAAACGUAAUCAUAUAUAACUCGCCCACAUCAAAUAGAGCCUUAAUAAAUGCAACCAACACUGCGAAA